CUACUGCUGGCGGCCCGGGCGGCAGCGCGAUGCCGGCGUUCCCUCCUGCACAGCUAGGGAGCUGCGGUGGAUCUCGCUUUGUUGGGUGUGGGGAGCAAUUGCUUUGUUCAGUGAGGAGGGUGAAGCCCAGCAGCUCAUUGGCCACUCAAGCAGCUGCACUGAUCUGGAAGCCUGCUUCUGGCACUCUGCACUGAACUGAAGCUCUUCAUGUUGAAAUGAAGAAACUUUCUUGGAAAUCUUUCUUCGUUUCUUCAUUGUGACCUGAGAGAGUGCCGGUGCCGAGGUACCAAAGACUUGGUGUUCCAGUACAGACUUUCCACUGGCGAGCUGGGAAGACUGAGCGUUUCGAUCUGUGCUGGGAGCAGCUGACAGCGCGCGGGGAUGUGCUGACGGCAUUAUGGGCAGGCGCUACCCAGGGGCUCACUAUCGGCCAAGCAACUCAUUCGAUUCCAGUGUGGACGCGCUGGCGGUGUUUAUGGCAAGCAGCAGCACGACGGACGUGGUGAAUCGCAACGGCCCCGCCACGCCACCCAACACCCUCAGCCUGCGCUCCUCUCACAACGAGCUGCUGAACGCUGAGAUCCGGCACACCGAGACCAAGAACAGCACUCCUCCGAAAUGCAGGAAGAAGUACGCGCUGACUAACAUUCAGACAGCCAUGGGCCUCUCAGACCCGGCAGCACAGCCCCUCCUGGGGAGCAGCUCUGCCAAUAUGAAACUGGUGAAGAACGGAGAAAACCAGCUGAGGAAAGCUGCCGAGCAGGGCCAACAGGAUCCCAACAAGAACCUCAGCACCACAGCCGGUGUCAGUGUGACUUCUGAGAAGUUUGAAGGCAAAGAGCCGAUCCCACAGGACUCCUCCAGCUGUGAAAUAUUGCCCUCACAGCCCAGGAGGACCAAGAGCUUCCUGAAUUACUAUGCAGACCUGGAGACGUCUGCCAGAGAGCUGGAGCAGAGCUUUGCUGUGAUGGAAGAUAAAUCUGCACAAAGCAACAGCCAGGCUUCCACCAUUAUUGUCAAUGGGGAAGUCCUGCCCCGGAAGCAAAACAAGCAGUCAAGUCCAGAGGACGGCCAAACUGCCACGGUAUCCUCGAGCCCUGAGACUAAGAAGGACCAUCCUAAAACGGGGGCCAAAACAGACUGCGCACUGCACAGGAUUCAGAACUUGGCUCCAAGUGAUGAGGACUCCAGCUGGACUACACUGUCCCAGGACAGCGCUUCACCAAGCUCUCCUGACGAAACAGCAGAUAUAUGGAGUGAUCAAUCAUUUCAGACAGACCCAGACUUACCACCUGGAUGGAAAAAAAUCAAUGACAUUGCUGGAAUCUACUACUGGCACAUACCUACGGGAACAACUCAGUGGCAGCGUCCUGUGUCUGUUCCAACAGAUCUUCAGGGCUCAAGGAAAGGAUCACUUGGUUCCAUCACUCCAUCUCCUACUCCAGAAACUGAGAAACAGCCAUGGAGUGAUUUUGCUGUACUGAAUGGGGGAAAGAUUAAUAGUGACAUUUGGAAGGACCUGCAUGCAGCCACUGUGAACCCAGACCCAAGUCUGAAAGAGUUUGAAGGAGCAACAUUGCGCUAUGCCUCCUUGAAGCUCAGAAAUGCUCCACAGUCUGAUGAUGAUGAUUCUUGUAGCAUCAACAGUGAUCCAGAAGCCAAGUGCUUUGCUGUGCGCUCUUUGGGCUGGGUAGAAAUGGCAGAAGAGGAUCUUGCUCCUGGAAAAAGUAGUGUUGCUGUGAACAAUUGCAUCAGACAACUCUCUUACUGCAAAAAUGACAUCAGAGACACCGUUGGCAUUUGGGGAGAGGGCAAAGACAUGUACCUGAUAUUGGAAAAUGACAUGCUGAACCUGAUCGACCCAAUGGAUCGUACAGUUCUUCAUUCACAGCCCAUAGUGAGCAUCAGAGUCUGGGGAGUGGGUCGUGACAAUGGCCGAGACUUUGCAUAUGUGGCAAGAGACAAAGACACCAGAAUUCUGAAAUGUCAUGUGUUUCGAUGUGACACACCAGCAAAAGCCAUCGCCACAAGUUUACACGAGAUCUGCUCGAAGAUUAUGGCUGAACGGAAGAAUGCUAAAGCUAUGGCUUGCAGUUCAAUGCAGGAGAGGACAAACGUCACCCUUGAUGUUCCUCUGCAAGUAGACUUCCCAACACCAAAGACAGAACUGGUACAGAAGUUCCACGUCCAGUACCUGGGAAUGCUACCUGUAGCUAAACCUGUGGGAAUGGAUACUCUGAACAGCGCUAUUGAAAGUCUGAUGGCUUCUUCUAGCAAGGAAGACUGGAUGCCAGUUACCAUGAAUGUUGCUGAUGCUACUGUCACAGUCAUUAGUGAAAGAAAUGAAGAGGAAAUCAUGGUGGAAUGUCGUGUGCGGUUUCUGUCCUUCAUGGGAGUAGGCAAAGAUGUUCAUACGUUUGCCUUCAUUAUGGACACAGGAAACCAGCAUUUUGAGUGCCAUGUGUUUUGGUGUGAACCAAAUGCAGGCAAUGUAUCAGAAGCUGUUCAGGCUGCUUGUAUGUUACGGUAUCAGAAGUGCUUAGUGGCCAGGCCUCCUUCGCAGAAAGUUCGGCCUCCCCCACCACCUGCAGAUUCGGUGACCAGGAGAGUCACAACCAACGUAAAGAGAGGAGUGCUGUCCCUCAUUGACACUUUGAAACAGAAACGCCCAGUCACCGACAUGCCGUAGCUGCGUAAGAGAGAAGGUUCUCCUAACAUUUAACUGCAGAUAACAGUAGCUACACUAAGGGAAAUGAACUGAUGGUGUUUGACCUUCCAUUCCAAAUUGCUGAUGCUUUGUCUUAAGAGAAUUUAUCCGUAUCAAAGCAAUGCUAAACAAGCAUGUUAUCUCGUUCUUGCCACCAUCGUUUGAUAUGAAAAGAAGCAUGAAUAAUUUUUUUCCUGUCAGUAAGUUACAUCAUGAGCAAUGGAAGGUCUGUUUGAUUGUAAAUAUGUGAACAUUACCUGAACUCACACAAAGAAAGAAUAUGACCACGUCCUUCCCAGUGAACUCAUAGUAAAGUCCUUGGAGUGAAUGACGCUUGAGUUGAUAGUUUCACCGUCUUGAGCUGGAUUUGUCACAAAUAAUCUUAAGUCCUACAGCACUUCAGUUCUCAACGCUGGAGUAGAUACCAAGGAUCAGCUACCAAUGAAUUACUGCAGAUUAAAUACCAAGUUUUAUUUUUUACAGAACUAACCUGUUAAUUUUAAAUUGUUUGUCAGCAUUGGUCUGCCUGACAUUCAUGUGAAUCGUUGUCAUUUGAUCUCUGUUUGUACAUUACAGUUGAAGACAGGAAUUGUUUGAUACCAAACCAAUGCUGAAAAAUCUGGGAGUGUUUUCCAUAAUUGAGUACAGGGUGAUCCAUGGAAGCUUUUCAUCUUUAAACAUACAGAUGCAUGUGUUGGAUGUUAAAUAUGUCAUCCCAAAUUGUCAUUAAUUCAUCAAAAAUACUGUUUGUUCCACAUAGGGCUCAUACUGACCAAGAAAGAGUUAGUCAGUAGUUUUUCUGUCUUAAAACUCUCACAGAAGCAAAAAUGUUACAGAUGUUUUUCUAUAUGAGUGUUUGAUCAAAUGUUCCAUUCAGUGUUGGGUUGCGCUACUCCCCCUCUGAGUUUGCUACUGUUAGCAUGUCACAAAAAGAACAAUCAUGUUUCUGAUUAUUUACUAAAUUCAAUAGAAAUUCUUUUUUUUUAACAGUCUGUGACAAAAUCGUGAGAGUUGUUUUCUAACAGGAUGUUGUUUCAGGUGGGUCAACUUCAUGUCAGUGCUUUUGCUCCAAAGGUCUCCUGUAAUAGCCUUGAUCCACACAACUGCAAAUUCUGAAGGUCAGCACAGUAAUGCCCCUUUAAACUUUUGUCUUGUACUGAUCUUCAAAUGCAGAUAUGCAUCUUUCUCUCUUUGCCAUCUUCUGUUUAGACUUGCAGAUUGGUACAAAUUUUGGAAAUGGAACAUAAAAGAUAUUUUUAACUAAUGUUAAAAAUGUUUUGCCUGCAUUUAUAUAUAUGUUCCAAACUGUAUCUGUCUCCCAAGUCUGCAAAUUUGGUCAUGCUGUAAUUUUAGAAGGACAUUGUCAACGUUGUUUUUACAAGAAUCAUUUUUUUACUUUAUUGUUCCAGAGAUUGUUGUAAACAAGAUUGUUAUGAACAAAUAAUGAUUUUUUUUUCUUAUUUUAAAAAGUCAACAGCAAUACCUGGGCAAAACAUGUUAAGAAUACAAGGGGAAAGAGUGAUGAUUCAAGAAAUGCCUUCAUUAGAGAUGUAGAAGAACUAUUAAAACAUACUUAGCCUGAUGUAUGAGCAAAUGUAGUGAAGGCUAGCCAUGCAGCUGUAAUAUUCUAAACGGAGCUCUCUAGAAUAUCUUCUAAGGAGCUGAUCCUCCACUAUGUUCAAGAAAUGUUUAGAUGUUGUCCUGAGGGACAUGGUUUAGAGGGAAAUGCUGUUGAUGGUUGGACUGGAUGAUCUUAGAGGUCCUUUCCAACCUUGGUGAUUCUAUGAUCUCAAACUUCUGUGUAAUAGAGUCUUUGCACCCUGCGAAUGAAGCAAUUCUGUCCCAUCCCAAGUCUCACGUUCCUGCUGCCUCCUUUGGACCAGCUCCAUUACUUGUGCAGUUGGAGAAGAAAGCCAGUCUGCAUAAUGUGAGUAAACUCCAAAAUUGACCCAGCUGGCCACACGGCUGUGCAGAUGACAGGGAGAGCAGGAGGGGAGGUGAGGCAAACCCCCCCCUUUCAGCAGUAGCAACCUUUGAACUGACCACAAAGCCAGAUUUCGAAGCACGGAGAUGACAGCUUGUGUACUGGCUUAGUCCUGUUUCUCCAGGUUCUAGUGCUGAACCUACUUAAGCCUGGCGGGAACAGUGUAAAAAAAAAAAAUAUCGCUUCCUCUCGUGGCUGCUAUCAAAAUGCAGUGGCUCACAGUGUCGCUUAGUGAGAUCAUGAAUUUAAAGGAUGUUUCCUUGUUAAUCGUAAGACUACUGAACCAAACUUUGUUUUAUGUACUGAAAAUAUUUUUUGGCAGCGUCUUUCUUUUUAAAGUUCGAGAUGGAAACUCCAGGAUUUUUAUUUGUUUUACAACAAAGAAUUUUUAACAGUAUAAUCAAGUUCAGUAGUGUUGUCUACACAGUGCUGCUUUUCCCCAAGAGAGAAACAGCCCAUGUUUAAAUCAAACCAACACUUGGGAAACAGCAGUGUAAAGGUAAGAAGCUGUGUCAGGAGUCUUUACACAUCUGUGUUGGCAAGGCUCUGAACACAGAGUUUUUGCUGGCAAAAGCGUGCAACUGCAGGAAGGGCUGAGGGAAAAGAGAGAGAAAGGUGUUUGAAAAGCUGUAGGUCCCCUGAAUUUCUUGUCUGUUACCAAAAUGCUGUUGAUUUUGCAAAUAAUUACGUAGUUUGCUUAAUGGGCCAAAAUAUUUGGCCUUUUGGCUUCAGUCGAACUCCUGAGUUUCUAAAGUGUUAAAUAUACACCCAGGUGUUUGCAGAAUCAACACCUAAAAUUGCAGAGCUCGUUGUCUUUUAUCAAACAACGUACUGAGGCACUCUUUAACCAUGGCCAAAAAUGUAUGUAUGGCAUACACGUGUCUGAGUAACUACCACUGUUUUAUUUGAUGUUAUAGCAACCCUUCAGUUAUCUAUGCAUUUUUUAUAAUACCUAGCGAUUCUGUAAGCAGGCAGCCAUGCGUUCACUAUGCCUUGUAUGUCUGAUGCCAUAUUUUAAAUUAACCUGUUAAAUACAGCUUAAAAUAUUUUAAUUUUAUUUAUUCUAUUUUUACUGAAAUAUCCUGCAUUAUGAUGUCGAUGUAUUGUCUUUACUGGACGUGAUCUUGUAACAUUCUCUAUGCUGUAUACUAUAGGUUGCCUAAAAAAAGGCAGCUUUGUAAUUAUUUGUAGUCACAUUUCUAUUGAAGUCUGUAGAAAAAUCAUGUAAAGCGAAGCUAAUUUCUUAUUUUUUUCAAUGCAAGUAGUAAACUAGAGGUAAGUAUCACAGAUCACUCACGUCAUUAAUGUGCUCCCUUGCAGAAGCAAGGAGAUUUAUAUUCACCAUCAAAAAUAAGAGAUAAAAGCCUUUCUUUUGAAA